GUCAGGAGGAUUUUGGACCAUUCCUCUUUACAAAACUGUUUUAGUUCAGCAAUACUCUUGGGAUGUCUGGUGUGAACUGCUCUCUUGAGGUCAUAUGCCACAGCAUCUCAAUCGGGUUAAGGUCAGGACUCUGACUGGGCCACUCCAGAAGGCGUAUUUUCUUCUGAAGCCAUUCUGUUGUUGAUUUACUUUUGUGUUUUGGGUCGUUGUCUUGUUGCAUCACCCAACUUCUGUUGAGCUUCAAUUGGCAGACAGACAGCCUAACAUUCUCCUGCAAAAUAUCUUGAUAAACUUGAAUUCGUUUUUCCGUCGACGAUAGCAAGCUGUCCAGGCCCUGAGGCAGCAAGCAGCCCCAUACUUUAGUUGGGAUGAGGUUUUGUCUUUUUUUUCUCCACACAGUGUUGAGAUGUUUGGAAGGAACACACAACUGUAGUUUCAUCUGUCCACAGAAUAUUUUGCCAGUAGUGCUGUGGAACAUCCAGGUACACUUUUGCGAACUUCAGAUAUACAGCAAUGUUUUUGUUUUGGACAGCAGUGGCUUCUACCGUGGUCUCCUCCCAUGAACACCACUCUUGUUUAGUGUUUCACGUAUCGUAGACUCGUCAACAGAGAUGUUCGCAUCUUCCAGAUAUUUUUGUAAGUCUUUAGCUGGCACUAGGAUUCUUCUUAACCUCAUUGAGCAUUCUGCGCUGUGCUCUUGCAGUCAUCUUUGCAAGACGGCCACUCCUAGAGAGAGUAGCAACAGCGUUGAACUUUCUCCAUUUAUAGACAAUUUGUCUUACCGUGGACUUAUGAACUUUUGUAACCCUUUCCAGCUUUAUGCAAGUCAACAAUUCUUAAUCUUAGGUCUUCUGCGAUCUCUUGUUGGAAGCAUGGUUCACAUCAGGCAAUGCUUCUUGUGAUUAGCAAACUCAAAGUUAGAGUUUUUUUUAUAGGGCAAGGCAACUCUAACUAACAGUCUCAUUGAUUGGACUCCAGGUUAGCUGACUCCAAUUAGCUUUUGGAGAAGUCAUUAGCCUAGGGGUUCCGCAUACUUGUCCAACCUACACUGUGAAUGUUUAAAUGAUGUAUUCAAUAUAGACAAGAAAAAUACAAUAAUUUGUGUGUUAUUAGUUUAAGCACACUGUUUGUCUAUUGUUGUGACUUAGAUGAAGAUCAGAUCAAAUUUGAUCUAUUUAUGCAGAAAUACAGGUCAUUCCAAAGGGUUCACAUACUUUUUCUUGCCACUGUAUGUGUAACCUCUCUCUUCUCAUGUGUUUUAGGAAGCCGCUGAAGAGGACAGCAACGAAAUAACAACAACAAAUGCUGAACUUCUCAUAAACGUAUACUUACACACAUCAGCCACACACACUCCAUAUAUAUUGAACAAAAAUAUAAAUACCACCAUUUCAAAGAUUUUGCUGAAUUACAGUUCAUGUAAGGAAAUUGGUCAAUUUGAAAUAAAUUAUUUAGGGCCUAAUCUAUAUAUUUCACAUGACUGGGAAGGGGUGAGCCUGGGAGGGCAUAGAACCACCCACUGGGGAGCCAGGCCCAGCCAAUCAGAAUUACUUUUUUAUUACUUUAUUACAGAACAAAAAGUCUUUCCACUAAUGGGUGUAAACAAAUUUAGCACAACAUUUGAGAGAAAUAUGCUUUUUGUGCUUAUGGAACAUUUCUGGGAUCUUUUAUUUCCGCUCAUGAAACAGGGAGCCAGCACUUUACAUGUUAUGUUCAUAUUUUUGUUCAGUAUAUAGAAAAAUGUAAAAAAAAAUCUGGUUUCAAAAAUAUUCUUCGAUGAACAGUUUUACUUUCAUUUAAUCCUUGGUUUGGCUUUUUAAAAUUUAUGCUGUACUGUCAUUUUUUUUUUAAAUUAUAAAAUGUUAUAAUGCCACUGUGUGACAGACUUAUCUCAGUCUUACAGUUAUAAUCAAUGGAACACCAUGAAAAUGUGUUUCUGGAAAGGAUUAGGUUGUUGUGAGAUGUUAAAUUAAGAUUUGAACUUCUGUUAUUCUAACUGAAGCCACCAAAACAAUCACAUUUUAAAAUAUAUGAAUUUAAACUGGAAAAACUCUAUUUUGUUUGACUGUGUAGUGUAGCAGCACAGGUGGUGUUAUAACUUUGUUUACACUAACUUGUUUAAUUGCAUGGCUAUAAACCAGACAAGGCCUGUCUAUAUGUUCCGUUUGUAAAAAAAAA